AUGGCUUCCUUACAUCAGUUGCUCGCCGACGAAGGAUUUGAGAACAGAAAGUUCUUGAGAAAUAGGACACAAGUGAAGCUUAGAGACAGAUUAAUUAGACCAGAAGAUUCUGUAAUAUUGCCUAUACAUAUUUGCCAUGACCAGAAAAGAUUCCGUUCUUCCAAGCAGAAGAGCGAUAAGGCCUCUAUGCGAAACGGGUCAUCGAUAUUUUCGUCGAGGAGAGUGAGUUCGGAUACGGAGAGAUUGCAGUCCAAGUCAUUCUUGAGGGGAGAAGAACCUGCAAUUGAUGAGAUAGCUAUUAGAGCUGUGGUAUCUAUACUUAGUGGUUAUAUAGGCAGGUAUAUAAAAGAUGUGAGUUUUAGGGAGGUGAUUAGAGAGAAGUGCAACUCUUGCUUGGUGAGAAGAAGUAAGGGUUCGGAUGAUGGGGUUUUUGGGAAUUUGGAGUUGGGAAUGGAAAGAAUUGAGAAGUUGGUUGAAGUGCAGGCAACAAGGAAGGAAAUGAAAAUGGAGGCAACGAAAAAUUCAAUUCAGCUUUUGAACAUUGUUGCUUCAUUGAAUUCUAAGAAAUCAAGGAAUGGCUCAACUUGUGGUGUACCCAAUUCACAUAUCUCAGCUUGUGCUCAAUUGUACUUGUCCAUUGUUUACAAGCUAGAGAAGAAUGACAGGAUAUCUGCAAGACAUCUACUUCAUGUUUUUUGCGAUUCGCCGUUUUUAGCAAGGACUCACUUGCUUCCUGAUCUUUGGGACCAUUUCCUUCUUCCCCAUCUUCUUCACCUUAAAGUUUGGUACCAUAAGGAACUUGAAGUUCUGUCAGAUUCCAAGCAUGUUGAUAAGGAAAGAAGGAUGAAAGCUUUGAGCAAGGUCUAUAAUGACCAGAUGGAUAUGGGAACUAUCCAGUUUGCUCUGUACUAUAAAGAGUGGCUCAAGGUUGGGGCCAAAUCUCCUUCUGUUCCUGCUGUCCCUUUGCCAUCUAGACCAAGUUGUGCACCAUCAAUGAGGAGAUCAUCAGAUUCUUAUAACUCUCAUUCCUCCGUCAACACUAACUUAUACCGAGCUGUGUUUGGCCCCACGCUGGAGUGCAGAUCGAUGGACCUCGAUUCUCGAAAUAGAGCUUCAAUGGAUACAGGGAGCAUGGAGGAAGAAAAGUUGUGCACAAAUGAAUACAAAGAUUGCAAUUAUGCUACUAAUAAUAAGACGAGGACUCCUCGAAGGACCUCAAGUCAAGAUUAUGGAAUUUCGAGAAAAGGCAUAUGGCAUGAGCCGCAGAAACCAGAUCACUCUAGGGUCUUUUCCUGCCAAACUGUGUUCUCAGAAUGCCUGGUGAAUGACAACAUCAUUGUCAGGAGUAAUUCAAUCAGGAAUGAAGAGGCAAUCCAUCUUCCUUCCAGUGAUCUAAGUAGAGCCAUUAGCACUAUUUGCUCCUCAGAUAGUCUAACUGAGUGUGAAAUUGCAAUCCAUGUCACUGCCAAAGCCUGGUUGGACUCACAUGGAAGUAAUGAAAUUGAAGGUGCUUUAUCAAAGGCACCUGUGGUUGAAGGAUUGCUUGACGUCUUGUUUGCUUCUACUGACGAUGAAGUUCUAGAGCUGGUAAUAUCUAUUCUUGCAGAACUUGUAGCAAGAAAUGAAGCAAAUAGGCUAAUAGUACUCAACUCUGACCCACAGUUCAAGAUCUUCAUGAAACUCUUAAAAAGUAGCAGUUUAUUUCUUAAAGCUGCUGUUCUGCUUUACCUAGUGAAGCCGAAGGCAAAACAGAUGGUCUCUAUUGAGUGGAUAGCGCUAGUCCUUAGAGUUUUAGAGUUCGGAGGCCAGUUGCAGACCCUGUUCACUGUAACGUGCAUGCCUCAAAAGGCAGCAAUGUACUUCUUAGACCAACUUCUAACAGGUUUUGAUGAAGAUAGGAACUUAGAGAAUGCUAGUCAAGUUGUUGCCCUGGGAGGAUUGAGCUUGUUGGCAAGGACCUUUGAAGUAGGAGACAUCAUUGAGAGAAAUCAUGCUGCUAUGUUCAUGUUAUGUUGCAUUCGAGCUAAUGGGAGCUCUCGAAACUACGUAGCUGACAAUUUGAACAAGGCUUCUCUCCUUGAGCUCAUUGUUCUUGAAAUCCAGAAGAAGUUUAAUGGAUGUGCAUUCAAUUUACUAGCCGAGCUACUAUGCCUGAGUAGAAGAACACGGAUCAUUAAAUUCUUAACUGGAUUCAAUAAUGGAUGGGGCGGCUUGAGCACCAUGCACAUCUUUCUAGUCUAUCUCCAGAGAGCUUCUCCUGAAGAACGCCCGCUGGUUGCGGCAGUUCUCUUGCAGCUUGAUCUUCUGGAAGAUCUUUCGAAGUCCAGCUUGUAUAGAGAAGAAGCAGUUGAGGCAAUCACACAAUCUUUAGAGUGUCAUAAUUGUAGCACCAAGGUUCAAGAACAAACAGCAAAAGCUCUCUUGAUGUUGGGAGGCUGUUUUUCGUACAAUGGAGAGGAAACAGCGGAAGAAUGGCUUUUACAACAAGCAGGUUUCCAUGAGAGAUUACGAGGAUCAUUUCGACGAAAGGAAAUAGUUGAUGGGAACUUGAAUGAAGAGGAAGAUGCAAUGGAAGAUUGGCAAAGGAAAGUAGCAGUAGUCUUGCUGAACAGUGGCAGCAAGAAGUUUCUGGCUGUCCUUUCCAAUUCCAUUGCCAAUGGCAUCCCAAAUUUAGUACAAUCAAGCCUCUUCACUGUUGCAUGGAUGAGCAGAAUCCUGCUUCCAUUCAGAAAAGAAAAGUCACUCUCAAAAUUUUCGCCGCAACUGCUAGAACCACCACAUUAUGACAGAGCUCUAAUAGGAAGAGUGAAUCCUUCUUUUUCACCGCAGCAUCUCAUAAAAUGUUCAGAAUCUCUCUCUAUGCUUUCGACAUUGAACAAAGAGUUGAUAGAUCCUCUUCGAGAUCCUCUAUGA